AUGAUACAGCAACGUGGUCGGGCCAAAACGAUAAGGAGGAGAGGGGGUAGAGGAAGGAGGGGUUGGAAGGGGUGGGAGGAGGCGUGGGAGGAGGAGGAGGAGGAGGAGGAGGAGGAGGAGGAGGAGGAGGAGGAGGAGGAGGAGGAGGAGGAGGAGGAGGAGGAGGAGGAGGAGGAGGUGUGGAGGGAAGGGGACCGACCAAGGGGCCGAGGAAAGGGUGCGGCGCUCUUCAUGGCCGCCGCAGCCAGAAAGUGGAAAAGGAAAACUAUCUGUGAGUAUCUGAAAUUUUAG